AUGUGGGUAUUGCUAGGGCUUGACACGCAGUUUGACGUUGGUAGGUCCCGCAAAACUAUUUCCACCGUGUAUAGAGAUAAGACAGAAAACAAAGCUGUAAAUUUGAAGAGUGGUUCCUGUUACUGGGACGAAUUGUUAAGUUCAGCGACCCCUGACCUCUAUAGAAAUGACUUUUGCCCAAUCCUGGUCCCCCGCCGCUGCCCUACUUUUACCUCACCGCCGUGGUACUCCUCUCACAACCUCCUUUAG